ACAUUUCUUUUUUGUCCAUUAUCUAACAAAACUUCAGAUUCAGCUUGGCUGGAGGAGGCUAAAAGACACAUGCCUAUGGUCUCUGUGGUCCUCUACUCCAUGAUAUUCAUUGUCGGGACUCUGGGCAAUGGUUUGGUCAUCUACGUGACAGGCUGCAGAAUGAAGAAAACAGUCAACUCAGUUUGGUUUCUCAACUUGGCCCUGGCUGACUUCCUCUUUACAGCCUUCCUGAUUUUCCACAUUGUUACUGUUUCUCAGGAGUACCAAUGGUAUUUUGGACAUUUCAUGUGCAAGCUCAACAGCUUUGUGACUGUGGUCAGCAUGUUUGCCAGCAUCUUUAUUUUGAUGGCCAUAAAUCUGGAUCGUUGCCUGUCCAUCUGGGUGGUGGUGUGGGCACAGAACAAGCGCACCGUUCGCAAAGCUCAGCUCAUAACUGCUGUCAUCUGGGUGAUCUCUGCAGUCUGCAGCGUCCCUUAUGCCAGUUUCCGUGAGGUUACGACAUAUGAUAGGAAGAAUUACUGUGGUUAUACGCAUAAGGCACCAGUUUGGAGUCUCACCAUUUUUCGCUUUGUUAUGGGGUUCUUCAUCCCAUUCCUGGUAAUCUGCAUCUCUUAUGUGGCCAUAGGUGUUCGUGCAAAGCGCCUGCUGAGAACAAGGAAACGUCGAUCUGGCCGAAUUAUUUUUGCCAUCAUUUUUGCAUUCUUCAUCUGCUGGUUGCCCUUCCAUGUUGUAAAUUUUAUAGAGACCACAAAUCCAGAUCUCAGGAAGGUUAUUCACAUUGUAGGACCUCUAACAGUGUGUCUGGCUUUUAUGAACAGCUGCCUGAACCCCAUUCUCUAUGUUUUCAUGUGUGAUGAGUUCCAGAAGAAGCUCAAGCAGUCUGUAUGCUUUGUCCUAGAGAGCGCCCUGGCAGAGGACCACUUGUCAAUUACGUCUCCUCCUCACUGCUUGUCCUCACACCUCUCAAGGAUUUUCCAGAAGUCUGACUCUGCUGCACCUCAGGGGAGGAAAGGCAUAGCUACUUCAUUCAACUACAAAGAUUGCAAAGUGGUCAUUGCUGAGGAGAGAGAGACAAUGGGCACUGAGUAAGACCACCACAUCCAGCAGGCUAUGUAAAUUGUGAUCAAUAAACUUUUAAUCAGAGUGGAGGAGAUCACUUGCUGACAACUGGCAUCUCAGAUGAAUUCAGGCUUUGAGUAUUUACAUUGUGUUACUGUUUUUAUAUCUUGAAGUGCCUUCUCACUUGUUGCAAAUUCCACUUUUUUCUUACAGACACAUGUAGUUUGAUGACAUCACUUUGCUCCCAAUAUGUCAAUUAGGCAGAAAAACUGAUAACGCCUUCUAAGUGUAAGCUGUCUUACAAAUAUAACAUUUGAAAUGUGAAUUAAUUUGUCCCACCAGCUAUGGAACUGUGUUUUACUCACACAGGAGUGCAGGCAACUCACCCUCCUGUGUUUUAUCUUCACAGGAUACCUGCUUGGCUACUUGUGUUUACAAAAUGGAUCACAAAACACUUAAGCAUGUUUUUUUGUUUUGUUUUUGCAUGAGUUAUUUAGAAUGUUGUAGAUUAGGUUCUAACUAGUCUGUUGCACAUUGGACACUUUGUAUGAUUCUCCUUACUAUAAAAGUUUUGGUGUAACAAUGCACCAACCUCCUAAAUUAUACAAAACAGGAUGAAUUACAAGGCAGUUACUAUUGUUCUGGUGUAGAUGUCACUAUGUUCUAACUGCAGUUAGCACUUUAACCAGAGUGUUUAUCAACUGACACUUUGCUUUCAAAUACAAAAUGUAAUCAUAAUUACAUUUGCAAUUAUUGGGGCUUGACCUCUGGCUUGGAUAGCUGACUGAUGAAGAACCAACAAGCAUGUCAAACAUGAGUGA